AUGUGGGCUUGUAGUCCAUUGGCCCACAUUGACCUCGUUCUUCGCCUUUCUGAGUCUCGUCUUCUCUUCACGGUUAUUUACAUUUUCGUGAGUUAGCAGCACCAGUAUUCUCACUCCUUGCAACUUCUUAUAGGGUUUCAAACGAGGCUUAUAGAGCUAUGUCUUUUAAAACCCUAGCUCGAGCCGGUUCCUCGUUGAUAUAUCGGUUCUUCAGAGAACCCUCUAAUCACCAUCUUCUUCCCCUUUCAUCAGGUAGCUCCAAUUUUCUUAAUACAAAACCUGAAGAACCCAGUAAGUUUGAUGGGAUCUCAUCCCUUUCUGGAACUCUUUUUCUUUCAAAGAGAGUGCCAUUAGAGCCAGAAUCCGUAAACAUUGAUGGAUUUUCUUCGCAUCGGGAAACUUUGUCCCUUUCAAAGAGAGCGCAAUUAGAAUCGCUUCUCUGCGACAUUCCUCAGGAACAUGGGGGUCUGGAACUUCCCUCUGGAGUUGAGAUUGAUGGGUUUUCUUCUCCCUGUGGGAUCCCUUCUCUGGAAUUCUUUUUACAAGAUGUUACAGAGAUGAUAUUGCUCCCAAAACGGACCUUCCAGCCAAGCAACAUCAAGCGCAAGCGCACCCAUGGUUACUUUGCUCGAAAGGAGACCAAGGGUGGAAGGAGGGUCAUUGCACGAAGGUUGGCAAAAGGUAGAUAUAGAAUUACUCCUUGAGAUUCAUUUUUUGGAUGUUCAAUCUCAAGGUCAUGGUUAGAUUUAUUUGCAUCAGUUCUUCAGAAUUUCCUUAGAUUUUGUACUAUUGGUAAUUUUGUUGGGUUCUUCAUGGCUCAUGGCUGAAUUUCGAUGUAUAAUUCCGCCCGCCCCCCCUUCUUUCCUUUUCAAUGUAUAAUUGCCGCUUUUGACUCUCUCUCUCUCUCUCUCUCUCUCUCUCUCUCUCUAUAUGUGGGUAGAGGAAGUAAAUCAGUUUUUAAGGAUAGAUGUGCAUUAUUUUUGUCA